CUCCAAUUCCAUCCCAAUGCAACAACAGAUCAUUACAGCGACCAACACCAGAGGCGCGCCCCCGUGUCAGUCACCCCUUUCCCCGUGAACUUGUUGUCGGAUAGCCGAAGGGCCACAACGUCCACCUUCGGCUCAGCUUGAUGCAGUUGGUGGAGGACUCCCUCAGGACCGGCAGCAACCGCCUUGGCCUGGACAACCCCAGCCAUCACCACAAUACCUACUCUGGAAUUCAGGCCGCGAAUGUGUCGCACAAACUCGACAAUGCUUUUGCCAGUGUUGACCACCGAGUCGACCAGCAGUACCGUCUCGAGCCCCAACAAGUGACGCGCUUCGACGUCUUCUGGCCUUUUGGCAUGGAGAAAAAUUGGCAAGCGGAAGCACAUCACUGAUACCGAAUGCCAUGGGCUCGCCCCCGCGCAUAAGGGGCACAAUCGCUGUCUUCUUCUCGUUCUUUACGCGAUGGCCAAGUGUCUGAUGCCCCUGAACGUGCGGAAUCUCGUACUCCUCAGUGCCAACGACAUCCGGCAAUAGCUCUGUUGCAAGAUACCGCCCCACGAGUCGAUGUGCCUCCCGCAGUGCCGGCCCCGAAACUCUUGCGUCACGCGUGGCUGUUGUCAGAAGCUUGGCAGCAGCUCUGCCUGUGGCAUGAACGAUGUGGUGUUCGGCAGUUGGCUGACGUCGGUGGUCACGUUGACGGGAUAUUUCGAAAAGAAAUUCGGAGCUCUCGAUAUUGACAAGGGGAAGUCUUUCAACAUCCAGGCGCGGUGCUGCAGUCUCUGGUAGCAAGACUUGUCGCGGACAAAAGUUACCCGAGUCGAUGGCCUGGAGCAAGUGCGUUUCCAUGCUUCUGCUCUGCACAUAUUGCUCUCCUACCACUACAAUAGCCUCGUCCGCUGCGCGCAACAUGGGAAUGUCCAAAGGGCUAUCUCCAAAGGCCCACACAUAGAGGCCAUACAUGUUUUGCAACCGCUCAACCAGCGACGCCUUGACUUGGGCUGUGACCACAAACCCGUCCGAAAUGCGCCCUCCGCCAAUGACUUUGACUGUCCCCAUCAACCCGUGAUUGUCCAGGACGAUCUCCCAAACACGCCGCAGACCGCACGUUACCACCACUGCUGAGACAUUCCUCUUGCGCUCAGCUGUUUGCAGCAGGGAAACCAUUGCUGGAUGCAUCUUUACCAGGGACGCUAUGUUCCGGCAAACCCCCUCAAAGACCUGCUCAUCGGAGUAUUGUUCAUAGAGCAAUGUUGCCUGGCGAAAGGCUGUGUACGAGUAUCCCAGCUGGCUGCUGAAGAGCGUGGUCAAAGGAUCUUCGCACUUUCCUUCCAACGAGCUCGGAUCGAGUAGAUUCUUCUUCAGCAUCACCUCCCAAAAAAGCUUGCCCGUAUCCUGAGUAGCCAAUGUUUUAUCGGCAUCCAAUACCAGCAUUGUGCACGGCUGCUUGCAAUCCAUCGUGAAGCCCGACCUGAGGCUGAUGCUGUCUAGGCGAUUCUGCACAAGCCGUAGGUUGUGUUGGGAGCAAUGGUGCUGAAAGUCCAGAAGAAGGUUGAUUAUCCUCACCGACAGAGCCCCCCUUUCUGCUUCAGACAACGCAAUGAACAGGAUGCCGCUGCUACGACACAGCCGCUGGAGCUCCCUCUUUUCCGUUUUGGCCCAGUCGUCCAAGCGAGCCGGAGUUAUUGUGGGCCGCUCUCUCCCCUUGUCGUCUUGACGGCGCAGCGAAACGAUAUCUGCCGCCGUGUCGAGGUAGAUGACGUGGGUAUAGGUUUCGAGGUCGGCCUUGGUGCAGACCCUAUGGUACUGCUGGUCUUUCUCGGACCAAAACAUAAAAUGACCGGCAACAACGGCAACCUUUUGGUUCUUGGUGGCCUCAUUUGCAAUGGCAUUGAUCGCAAGUUCACGAUAGCGCGCUUUCUCGUCCUGGCUGGCCUGGUGGAAAGCGGCAAGGCCUCCUGGAAGCAGAGAGGCAAUAGCUUGGGAGCCUUCAUGAAAGCUGAAUUGCUCCUCGCCCAGCCUGUUCUUCAACUCGACUAGCAUGGACGACUUGCCACAGCCAGGGAUGCCGUACACACCGACCACGACUGGUUUGCUGGCUUGAAGAGAGUUUUUGGGUCCUGAAUAUGGAGUCGCCAUCGUGUCGGUGUCAAUAUCACUUUGCUGCUGCUUGGAAACAACGGUGGCGAGCUGGAACGAUGAGAAUAUGCGUUUAACAUCUCUAUCUUUUCCUUGCCGGUGACGCCAACAUAUACUCGUGUGUCCAUUCCCUCCCGUUCCCUCCCUUCCAGUCUCAGUUUGACUCGGCCUCUCGUGAUGGUUGUAGGCCUCACUGCUUCCGCUCAGCAAACACUCGGAUUCAGGUUGCACAAGUUGAGGCCUACCAUGACAGCCCUGGUGCGCAUUCUCGCACAUGCGUGUCUCCGGUGCUUUCUUUCGUCAUGUUCAUUCACCGCUCCCACCUCUUGUUGAAUCAUAUCACCAUCCUGGCUCACGUCACUAUCCAAAGCUGGAUAUGCACAGCGCAAACACGGGACAGGCUGAGACGAUGCACUGGGGAACAAAUUUUUGGCCAUGAAGCUUCAUUACGAUUCGUCAAGGUUUCAUUCGUGUCAUAUUAUACAUUAACCCACCCGGCUGGGCUGCCCCUGUCCGGCAACCUCACGGGUAUCAAAAUAUACAAGGAUCACUCCGUCCGCGUUAUUCAGAGGAGGGCGACCAUGGCCAAGGGGAGAGCGGCACCGACGAGGCCGGCGGUGAGGCCGGCGGCGCCAGAGCCGGGAGCGCUGGUCUCGGCAGGGGCGGCAUCGUCGGUCGUGGUAGGGGUGGCAGCAGGACCAGCGCUGGACGAAGCAGAGUCGGUGGGGAGCUCCAGGGUGCCGCCGCCGAUGGUGGUGCUCAUGGGAGCAACCUCGUCGCACAUGGAGAUGACAGAGGGAAGGACCUCAGCUGCGGAGAGAUUGAUGGUCAGCAAGCACUCAGAGCCAAACAGGGCGGUAAAACAUACCGACAGCAACGUCCUGACCGCAGGCAACCAUGACGCAGGCAACGCUGGCAUCGUAGAUGGCACGGUAGUUUUCGAGAAUGCAGAAGCACUCGAGCUCGGUGUCGUCCUUGCAGGUGGUGGCGCUCUUGCGGGCGUCGCUGAGGCACUUGAGCGAGCACUCGGGAACGUAGUCACCGAGGGUGGUGUGGUCGUGACCCUCGUGGGCAACAACACCGGCAACGGCGGCAGCGAGGAGAGCGGUGAUGUACUUCAUUUUGGCAGAAGGAUGGGUCUCGACGGUUGCUGAGUAGGUAGUAGCUGGUGGGAGGCAGAGAACAACAAGAUCAGGGCGGGCGAUCGCUUUCCCCCGAGCUCAGCUCUUGCAGAGCUCUUUAUAGGGUGACAUCGAAUGGGGUGGGUAGCCUCGGUUCCUGGUGGGCGGGUGUGUCUGCAACGGAGGCCCUGCUGGGCGGCGACAAGGGCUGUCCGGUCUCGCAUCGCAGUGCAGAGCUUGCGGCGCUAUCGCCAAUAGCCCCGUCGAGGCCGUGCAUGCAUGGGCCUUGGCAAUCAGAUGAUCAGAUAAUGGAGAUUAGAUCGAACCCCUGUCUGUUGGCCGUGGCCAAUUUUUUUUCUUCGAAUCGGGAUGCAGAAUUUGCCGGGCUCGACCCCUCUCUCGUCCUCGUCCCGGUGAAGGACGGGCUUGGGGGUGGGUGACUGUGGAACCAGGUCGCCCCAUCCGCCCGCCGAGGAUCCGGAAAUUCUCGCAAGCUGGUUUUGGGAGUGUGUGAUGUGGGAGUGUGGGAGUGUGAUAGUGUGGGAGUGUGCAUGGCUGCGAUUGAUGGGUCUGUUUGGGUGGUAGAGAGGUGCAAAAGGGAAUUAACUCGUUAAUAAAACAUCACCCACGUCUCUCGCCUGUUUUGCUGCUUGCCUUGCUGUGUUCCGUCUUGCCAUUCUUGGCAUAUAUCGUUUCUUCCUCUGUCACCACCGUCCACUGCCGCAGCCAUGGCCACGGAGAAGCAGCCAGCCAGCUUGUCGGCGGAUGAGGGCGUUAGUCCCGUCGUCGAAGAGAGAGGACACAGCUCUGCGGACCUAGAGAAAGACGCCAUCUCCAGCGAUGCUCAGGCUGGUGUGCAAGCCAUCGAGGCCGCGCAGCUCGUCUGGCCAAAGUCGCACCUCAUUGGAGCCUAUGUCUUCAUCUGGCUCAUCUACUUUGUCACGUCGCUGCAGGAGGUGUGCGCCAGGGCGUACAGCCCCUUCGUUACCAGCACCUUCUCUUCACACAGUCUGACUCCCGUGGUGUACAUUGUCUCAAGCAUUCUUGGUGGCGUCUCCAAGCUGCCCCUGGCCAAGAUUCUUGACAUUUGGGGUCGGCCGCAGGGCAUGGCUCUCAUGCUCCUCAUCUGGACGAUUGGCUUCGUCAUGAUGGCUGCGUGCAAGAAUGUUACGCAGUACGCGGCCGCCUAUGUGUUUUCCACCGUUGGUGCGCAGGGCAUCAGCUACUGCAUCACCGUCUUCGUUUCCGACACGACCAGCUUGAAGAACAGAGGUCUGAUGCUCGCCUACGCCACCUCCCCCUACAUUGUGACGACCUGGGCCGGCGGUCCCAUCGCCGACAGAUUCAUCAUGAACGGAGGUCCUGGCUGGAGAUGGGGCAUGGGCAUGUGGGCCAUCGUCACGCCUGUGAUUGUCACCCCCUUGAUUCUCAUCUUUAUUUACAACCAGCACCGUGCUGAAAAGAUGGGUCUCAUCCAGCCGCGCCAGUUUGGAAAGAUUACCUUUACCCGCGUCAAGGAGGCUGUGAUUCAGAUGGAUCUCCUCGGCAUCUUUAUCCUCGGCGUCGGUCUCUCCAUGUUCCUUGUUCCCAUUGCCAUCUACAAGUAUCAAGCCGACGAAUGGCGCUCACCGCUCAUCAUCUGCCUUCUCAUCUUUGGCGGUCUCCUCGUGGCCGGCUUUGUUGCCUAUGAGAAGUGGCUCGCCCCUGUCAACUUUGUCCCUGCCCACCUCCUCCGCCACCCCAACGUUCUCCUGGCCGGCAUCAUGCUCACCCUCAUCUUUGCCAGCGCCAUGGUCUGGGGCAACUUCUUCUCGUCCAUGUGCAUGGUCGCCUGGAACACCACCGUGACCGAGGCCACGUACAUCUCCAACAUUUACCGCACCGGCAUGUGCUUCGCCUCCAUCCCCCUCGGAUGGGCCAUUCGAAAGACUCGUCGCUUCAAGUGGGUUGCCGUCUACUACUCGCUGCCGCUAAUGCUCCUCGGCAUCGGCCUGAUGAUUGAGUUCCGCCGCCCCGACGUCAACAUUGGCUACAUUGUCAUGACGCAAAUCUUUGCUUCGUUUGCCGCCGGGCCCUUGGUUGUCGCAUCCGAGCUCGCCAUGAUGAGCCAGGUCACCCACAACCAGAUGGCUGCCAUCCUCGCCAUCCUGGACCUCUUUGGUAGUGUAGGCACGGCAGUUGGCUCCACUGUUGCGUCGGCCGUUUGGACCAACGUGUUCCCCGGGGCCAUCCGGGACAGGCUUCCCCAGCUGACCGACAUGCAAGUCACCAGCAUCUCUGGAAGCAUGUACACGCAGCUCGGCUACCGCAAAGGCACACCCAUCCGUCUCGGCAUCUCAUGGGCCUAUCACGACGCGCAGCAAGUCUUGUUGAUUAUUAGCAUGGUUAUGAUAGGCUGCGGCUGGAUAUUGACAUGGUUCUGGAAGAACACCAGGUUGUCAGACAAGCAGUCCCAGCAGUAG